AUGGGAACAUCGAGCAUGGCGAUGUCAGCCACAACAGCAACUGACAGUGCAGCAGCUGCCACGACAAGCGCCAUGCACAUGUCUGGUAUGGACAUGGGAAUUGGUGGUGGGGGCGAUUGUCAGAUAUCUAUGCUCUGGAAUUGGUACACCGUCGACGCCUGCUUCCUAUCCAGCACGUGGCACAUCACAUCUCGAGGAAUGUUCGCAGGUUCAUGCAUCCGUGUGAUACUUCUUGUCAUGGCGCUGGAAUUCCUUCGCCGACUAGGCAAAGAGUAUGACCGUCUUCUCGUACGAAAUCACCAGGCAGCAAGUGUCGGUCAAUCAGCCGCGGGGGCCUCCAUCGCAUCCGACAGAAGCCUGAAAAAUCGCAAUGCGCAGGUCUCGGCUACUCGUGGCAUCAGCGACGGUGACACCGGUGGUUUUCGUCCCUCGAUGUUCGAGCAGGCGGUACGAGCACUUCUACAUAUGGUUCAAUUCGCUGUAGCUUACAUUACAAUGCUGCUUGCUAUGUACUACAACGGAUACAUCAUCAUUUGCAUAUUCAUCGGCGCUUUCUUGGGAGCGUUCGUCUUCCAAUGGGAAGUUCUCGGGGUGUAG